AUGACACUGGAAACCCACGGAGGUGCGAACGAGAGCUCGCCGUGCAGCACCGGGACCGAACACACACCGUUCGUGGUGUUCAACUGCGUCCUCCUCAGCCUGUCGCUGCUGCUCGGCGUCUCCGGUAACGUGCUCGUGUGCUGGGUGGUGCUACGGAACAAGACUCUGCGCACGGCCAACAACGCGCUGCUGGUCAACCUAGCCGCGAGCGACCUGCUCAAGUGCUCGGUGGACACGCCGGUGUUCCUCGCGUCACUGCUCUGGGCGCUCGGGCGGGGUACAGAGGUGAGCGCGCGCCUCUGCUGCCUGCUGCAGUUCACGUACGCGCUGUGUAGCUGCGUGCAGCUGCUGAGUCUCGUGGGCAUCAGCGUGGAGAGGUUCCGCGCCAUCGCCUUCCCGUUUAGAGCGGAGACCCGCCGAGGCAGAGUGCGCGUGUGGCUGCUCUUCAUCUGGGCCCUGGGGCUCGUGCUAGCCGUGCUCUCGCUCACUCUGAGCAAAGACGCGCUCUACUACAUGAUGUGCACUCACGUGCGUCCGCACGGUAUGCCCAACCCGUUCGUUGUGGACCCGUUCGGCGUGUUCGUGCUGGUGCCGGUUUGGGGAUGUUGCCUCGUUCUAAUAGCGGUGCAUUAUCUGCGUAUAUUCGUGGUUGUCCGACAGCACUCCAAUAAGAUCUUCGACCGCGGGGUCCAACUCAAACAUUCCAUGUCCAGACAGGUGUCCGGUUGGCAGAGCUUCUCGCAGCACGCGCAACAACGUCCGAGCGGCACUCUAUCCAAACCCUGUGAGCGCGAGCCUGCGGGCAAACCGUCAUCAUCACCGGAGGAAGAGGGGAACGGGCCAGUAGGCCUACCAGAGAUGAUGCCGUCACCACCACCACCGGCGCUGCAGGAGCGGGCUAGACCGUCCCCGGAGAUCGUGGGCGCCGUGUGCAUCCUGACCCCGACGGCGAAAGAGCUCGGGCAGAAGCGCCUGGAGGGGAAGCUGGCGAAGCGGUUCGGGUCCAUCAUCAUCGCGGUGCUGCUGUUCUGGAUGCCGCUGGUGCUGUGCCUCAUCCUGGGCUCCUGCGCAGCCGCUCGGCCCGAGGACUGGAUGUUCCGGGAGUUGCAGACGUCCGCGCUGGUGCUGACGUGCGUUCCCGCGGCACUGCACCCGCUCAUCUACUCUCUCCUCAACCGGCAGUUCCGUGCCGAGUUCCACCGGACGCUCGCCGCUCUACGGAGCUGCAGGAGACGGCGGGACUGA